AUGCUGAGGAACUCGAGCGCUGCACACGGUGCACUUCGGUGGGCUUCGCUCUCCAGCGCACCCGCUCCUCGACUUCACUCGCUCCCCUCCGCCUCCGCUUCCCUCCCGAUCAGCCCAACUCCCCGCUCAUCCCGCGCACACUCGUACUUUAUUAGCUGGAACCCUCACACUGCCCACUCGCAUCGCUCUCGCAUCCUCAUGACCGUCUCUGUCGCCGCCGGACUCGCAGCAGCGACAGCCGCCUUCUCCCUCUACAAGUCGCCCCUGGAUCCGCUGGAUUGCGAAGAGGAGAGACCGAUGUCGGCUCAGGGCGGCCGGCCAUCCUUCGUCCCCACUCCGUCUGUCGACCUCGACGACACCUCGAUCCCGAUGCGCCUGCGCAUGAUCCACCACAUCAAGUCUCUCCAGUCGACCAUCUGCGAGGCGCUCGAAUCGCUCGAGCCGUCCGGGCAAAAGUUCAAGUCGUCGUACUACCUCCGCGACGCCUCGAAGGGCUUUGGCGACUCGCGCGUGCUUCAGGACGGCGAGACGUUCGAGAAGGCCGGGUGCAACAUCUCGGUUAUCAAGUCUACGCUCUCGGUGCCCGCCGUCCGCCAGAUGCGCGCCGAGCGCUUCGACUGGUGGGACGGCGUCUCGGAGCUUCCGUAUUUUGUCGCCGGCUGCUCGCUCGUCGUCCACCCUCGCAACCCUCACGCACCGACAAUCCACUUCAACUACCGCUACUUCGAGAUUCAAGAUCCCAAGGACCCGAACGGCGAGCCCAAGGCGUGGUGGUUCGGCGGCGGGACGGACCUCACCCCUUCGUACCUGUACGAAGACGACGCACGACACUUCCACGGCCUGUACAAGGAGGCGUGCGACAGGCACGACGCGGGCUACUACGCCCGCUUCAAGAAGUGGUGCGACGAGUACUUUUACAUCCCGCACAGGCAGGAAUCGCGCGGGAUUGGCGGGAUCUUCUUCGACGAUUUGAGCGAGGGCGACCCCGAGGCUAUCUUCAAGUUUGUCCGCGACUGCUCAAACUCGUACCUCCCCGCCUACUACCCGAUCGUCGAGCGACGGAAGGACCAACCAUUCACCGAGGAGGAGAAGCGCUGGCAGCAGCUCAGGCGCGGGCGCUACGUCGAGUUCAACCUCGUCUAUGACCGCGGGACCAAGUUUGGCCUCGCGAUGAAGGAGCCGCGCACCGAGAGCAUCCUCAUGAGUCUCCCGCUCACCUCGCGCUGGGAGUACGAGCCGGAAGUAGGCACCGUCGAAGGCACGCGCGAGAAGAAGAUCCUCGACAUCCUCAAGAAGCCGGUCGAGUGGGCCUAG